AUGUUGAGUCUUGCGCCAAAUUCAAGCACAAAGCCACAUCUGACAAGUGAAGCGGUAAUAUGGUGGUUCAGGACUGCCACGCGGGUUGUCCAAGAGUUCGAGGACGUGUGCGAGCAGACUGGGGUGACUCUUAGCCGCUACUGCAUCGAGCUCGCCAACCGCGGAAUCAUCGAUUCGGAUUUGGACUCCAUCUUCAACUCGAUCCGCGAGGCUGCCAAGGUGAUCAGCAAGCUGGUCAACACUGCUCCGCUGAAGCAGGCGGAGCUUUUGGGACUGGAGGGCGAAGUCAACGUUCAAGGGGAGGACCAGAAAAAGCUGGAUGUCAUCACCAACGAUGUGUUCAAGAACGCGUUGCGCUACACAGGCAAACUGGGGACAUUGGCUUCCGAGGAGGAGGACGAGCCAGUGGAUGCCUCCUGGCCACCCGGCAAAAUUCCCUUGAUCAUGUUCGAGUUUCCGCGGCCGCGCAACGUCGAUGCGGGCAUUCCUGUGGGCACCAUCUUUGGAGUUUUCGAGGAGCCGGACCCUGCGGAGUGUGAGCUGCCAGCGGAUCUUUCCAAGGGCCUCUCCGAGGAGCAGCAGAAGUGCUUGGCUGGAACAUUGCAGCCUGGCAAGUCCCUGGUGGCUGCGGGCUAUGUGCUCUACUCUGCCUCCACCGAGCUGGUGCUGACCUUCGGCAAGGGCGUCGUUGGCUUCACUUUGGACACAAGCAUUGGGGAGUUCGUCAUGACCCGGCCUUCGAUCAAGAUCCCAUCCCGUGGCAAAAUCUACUCCGCCAACACCGGCAAUAUCGCCGAGUGGGAUGAGCCCAUGAGGCAGUACAUUGAAGACAUCCGCGCGGGCAAAGGUGAGUCUGGCAAGCCGUACUCGCUGCGCUACAUCGGCUCCAUGGUGGGAGACAUUCACCGCACGCUGCUCUAUGGCGGCAUUUUUGCUUACCCCGCGGACACCAAGAACCAGGAUGGCAAGCUCCGGCUGCUCUACGAAGGUGCCCCCAUGUCUUUCAUCAUGGAGCAGGCUGGCGGCAAGGCCAUCACCGGACACAGCAGGGUGCUGGACAUUCCCCCAGCUGCUUGGAUUUGA